CUUCGCCCCUUAGAUGCGGAAAUAAAAGCAAACAAAACUACAAUAACCACCAUACCCUGCGGCAAGCUCUGAGACGCAUGCGCAGAAAGCUUCUCCUUUUGUUGCUAUGGGAGCCUGUUACAGGAAAGCUGUCAGGACAAAGUUUAGUCGGAGAUCCUGCGUUCUUUUUCUUAUUUCACGGCGGUGAUUUUGAGGGUCAAGGCCGCUUUUUCGCGAUCGUUGUCGCCAUGGUGACUCUAACGCUGCGCCGGCCUGGCUAGCGAUGCCGCAGGCAGAGGAAGGAGCCAGAGGGAAAAGCUCCGAGCCCCUGCCUGGGAUGAUGAUGGCGCGCCCCCAGAUCAUCCACAGCGGCCACUUCAUGGUGUCGGAGCCACACGCGGAGCCCGACCCGGAUCCAGACCCCAAUCCCGAGGGGGUCCUGAGCCCGGGGGGCUCCGCCGCUUCGUGCCUGACGGGGCCGGGGCCGGGGUCGAGGCCGGGGUUAGGCGCGGCGGAGCGAGAGAGGAAGGCCGCCUCGGGGGAGAAGUCGGCCCAGGCCGGGAAGGCCAGUGGCCGGGCCGGUUACGACUUCGACACGGUGAACGAGGGGACGUGCCAGAUCUACCGCUACGGCCCGCGGAGCAGCGGAGCCCUCAACAUCGACGCCUCCCUCACCAAGCUCUUCGAGUGCAUGUCGCUGGCCUACAGUGGGAAAAUUGUCUCUCCCAAAUGGAAGACCUUUAAGGGGCUGAAGUUGCUACAACGUGACAAGAUCCGCCUCAAUAAUGCCAUUUGGAGGGCCUGGUAUCUGCAGUAUGUGGAGAAGCGGCAGAACCCUGUGUGCAACUUCGUGACUCCGCUGGAGUGCAGCGAUGUAGAUGAGCACUGCAAACCUGAGGCUGUCAUCAUGGAGGGAAAAUACUGGAAACGCCAAAUCGGGGUUGUUAUUCGGGAAUAUCACAAAUGGAGGACCUUUUUUCAUACCCGAAUCCAAAAGAAGAUGGACAGAUCAGUCUAUGGUCCUCCUCAGAAAGUAGCUGAUGCUGUUCCAGGGGUGGAGCUGAACAGUGAAGUGGCAGGUGGGAGCCCCAUGGACCUUGACCCUUUGCAUGACCUGGAAGCAUUUCUGGACACCAUUUACCCCAGCCGCAAUCUGUAUGGUGGCCCAAACCUACGAGGCCUUGCUCACCAGGGUAAUGCAGACAUGAUCCAGCCCACCCUGACUCAACUACACCCAUUCUUUGGAGAGGAAUUCAUGGACACCUUAGACCCCAUUCAUGAAUUCAUUACUUCUUGCCGCUCCCAGCCUGCAGUCCAGGCUCCUACACUGCUGACAGACGCAGCUGCCUUGGGUCAGUGUGGCCCAGAUGUGGCUCCAGUUGCCCUUGGCGCCAAGGAACUUCCACCUCCCAGAGACCCUCUCAUCCCCCUUCCAGUCUCCCUGGAUGUAGAGCCACCGACGCCUCUGAACGGACAACAGACUUUCUUGCCAUUUUUCCCUACCUCUCCACCAAGAGUCAGCCCACCACCACCCACGCCUCCUGUCUUGCAUGUUCAACCUCAAACUACCUUAGUUUUCUCUGUCAUCACACACACAGGAUCAGAAAAUAACCCCUCACUGUCCCCAUCUUCACCCAGGAGCACUUUUGCUGCACCAACGUCAGCUCCCGCAGCCAAGGGUGGGAGGGGCAGACAACUACAACGAAUUGCUCCAGCACCCUCCUCUGGUCAUCAGGCAGCACCGGCCUGUCCCUCUCUCAGUCACCUGCUUACAAAUGGUCCUGCCCCAGUGCCCCUCACUUCAGUCACAAACUCUGUACAGGUGUGUGGACCCUCAAAGCUUCCUGCUAAGCUCAUACCAAGCUCAUCCACUGCAACAGAUAAGUCUCCUCAGCCCAUCUCUUCUGCUGCCUUCCCUGCCACCGGUAGCAGAACCAAGGAAAGAGCUAUGGAUAAAGUAGUCAGCAAUCCCCAAGAUACAUACAGCCAUCAACGAUGCACUGCUAAGGGAAACUGCCAUUCAAGUUUUACGUCUUCUGACUGUGUCCGUCGCAUGAUCAUCAGCUCCGGCUUUAAUACUCUUGCUAAUCUGGUGCUGCCAGGAUCUGAUCAGACAAAUGCUAAGCUCAGUAAAGCUAUGCUUCUACAGAAGAGUGUGGCCUAUGUUGGAAGGUUGCAGCAAGAGCGCAGACAAACUCAGGAGACAGUAGAAAAGCUGCGGAGUGAAAUUGAAGAGCUGAGCACUGCCAUUGAUGAGUUCCAGCGCCAGCUUCCACCUAGUGGAGCCCCUGUGGUGCCACCUCAGUCAGAUCAAGCUUCUCAACUCUAUGAAGAAUAUGUGUGCCGACGUACCUUGCAGGACUGGCGCUUUUGGCUUUUCAGUGUGGUGAUUAAGCCAUUGUUUGAGAGCUACAGCAGAGCAGUGAACACAAGCAGUGUUAAGGAAUUCCACCAAUCAGUAUUGAACUGGUUGGAGCAGCAUUGUACCCUACCCGUCUUGCGUCCAGCUAUCUCUGGCUCUCUACUAAAACUCAGCAAGAUCACAUCUAUAUUGACUCAUCCGGCCCGUUUGCCUGAGCAAGCCCUACAGGCAGUGUCUUGCCCUCCACACAGCAAAGGCAAUAGUUAGGAUGAAGACUAGGUUCAGUUAUACGUGGACAUCGUCACACUGCCCAAGAUAAUGCUACAAAAACCAACAGCGGGGACUUAUAGCUCAGGGAUUCCUUUAUCACACAAAGAAACUAGCCUAUGUGAUGGUAUUGGGAUUCUAGGGUUCCAGAGCGAGAAAUCUCUGGGGAUUUCACUUUGGUGCUGGCCACCUUCUUAAGUCUUGCUGUUGCAAAACAAAAUGUGGACUUCCGAUAGUGGAGUGGGAGAUGCAACAGCACAGAGUCAGAAUGCAAAUUAAAUCUUUAGAAGUUGGAUACUGGGCAAGGCUUUACCAUUUUUUGGUUGGAAUUGGGGAUGACACUUGCAUUGAGUUCAGUGUGGCCUCUGUUCCUUGUUUUCCCAUUAGAGGGCAGCACAGUGACUCUUCACAAUGACAUGCUUGCAAUGUUGCAGAGAGGUCUUUCCCAUCUGUAGCUCAGGGUUCUACUUGCAUUUGAGUGUUUAUGACCACUUCAUAAUCUGUUUAUGAUGUAGGAAAAACACAGUGGGUGAUAUAGGCUGAUGACAGAUUUUAUCUGUGCAACCCUAUCUGUGAGUCUCUCUUAGAUGCAGUUCAUGUAUUUUGGUGUUCUUCACUCUGAUUCUGAGACCUGCACAGUAAUAUGCUAUUUGAGGGCAUCUGCUGGAUUUCUACAUAAGGACUGAAGGCUUUUAGCACUUAAAAUUUUCAUAAUGUCUGCUUGGAGGAGGCUGUACAGCUAGGAUGAAAGGUUUGAAGUACAGGGACUGAUGAGGACUGUUGAUGGGUUGGGGCAUUUUCGGAUUGCAGUUCCAUACAUUCUCAUUAGAAGCAAGGCUCUUCAGUGGGGCUCACUUUCCAGAAUGGUGUAGGACUGCAGUCAUAUCUGUUCUUCUCUAGCCCUUGGCCUUGCACGCACACACACACACACUGUAUGUGUCUCUCCGUUGCUCUCUGUCACAGACUACCUUUGUAUACAAUUGUAAUCUUACAGGUACAGAGUCAAGCCAUGUGCCAUUAUCUCCAUGCUUUUCUUUUAGCUUCCUGUUAGGGAGCAGAUGUUGCAAUAUCUGAAUGUAGGCUAAUACGGUUGAGGAAAAUCAGUGACCACUGAUCCAUGCAUCAUCUCCAUAACUGCAGAACCUUGAGGUGGAAACUAAAUUAGCUCAAAAUGUUUUAGCACCUGAGAUAGAAAAUACAAAUGUAUACCACUCUUUUGACCACCCUUUAAUUAAUAUUGGCCACAGCCAAAAAUAAAUUUAUCACUCUUGAAAGGGCAGGAGCUCAGUUAGAAUGUAGCAUGGUGUAUUUGCAUACCUCUUAUUAAGAGGGCCUGGUGGGUAAACCUUUUCUACUUAAUUCCUAAUGAUUUCUUUCCUGAUGGUAUCUCAAACUGAGCAAGAGACAGUUGCCUUAUUGUAUUUCAUGGCAAUUCCUGAUUGCAAUGAUAAUCAAACAGGAAAUGGACUGCUUCAAAGAGUUUGCCUGAAUUUACCUGAAGCUUAUUCAUUACUAACAUAUCUUACCUCUAGUAUAAAGACAUCAGCAGAGAACAAGAUACAAUCAUGUUGUAUGACAAAAGUUUCUUUCUCAGAAGCCAGGUUUUAGGGUUUUAAACGUUUUCUUCCGGCUUGCGUGUAAAGUGUAUAUGCAUGUGUAUGACAGAAACCAUCUCUUAAAAAACUAGAAAGAUGAAUUCGAGAUUGUGUUUGGCUCCUUGUUCAUUUCCACUGAUCUCUUCUAUAGCUUCAUUUUGAUGCAGGCAAAUAACCUCCAGCCAGCAGUAAGCCCAAAAUACUAAUCUUUUACAUGUAUUAUAAAGUGGUAGUGUGAUGGCUUUCCACAGCUUCAAGCUCAGGUGGUGCCCUUAGAGAUUCCCAAUAUACAAAAGCCGCCUUCAGCCCUUAUAUCUCAACCUGCUCAUUACACUUUUUUUUGAACUCCAGAUUAGACUGUUGGCCUUG